AGCCUGAACACUGGAGGAGAAAAGCUCAACAUCUUCAGAGUCAUCCUCUCCUGGUCCUCGCCAACUACUGCAGUCAUGAAUGUAGGUAUCUGCGUGUGUGUUCUCCUGGCUGCUUUGUCCAGUGGUUCCUUGAGUCUGCCCUCACACACCAUGUCACAGAGAGCUGAGGGUGAGGCUCUCUCGUCAGACAGCCUGCCUCAAUACCACACACGUCAGGCCCGCUCAGCUCCAGCACCCCCCUCAGGGCAGCUACCCAACUACAUCCAACCCCAGGAGGACGCAGACGCCCGAAACAGCCUGAGCCAGCUCCUGGCCAGACUCAUCUCCAGAAAAGGCUCUCCCUACCAGACCAGAUCAUCCCUCACCAGUAGAGCCAGUGGUCUAGCCCCCGGCCACAGGAUAAAGGACAGAGAUUACCUUGGCUGGAUGGACUUUGGACGACGCAGUGCAGAGGAGUAUGAGUACUCCUCCUAAAGGCAUGGCUUGCUUGAGUUACAACCCACAACACCGUCAAUAAAAGCCCCCCAAAAUAAUAAGCCCUUUUCACACUGCACUUACUGUAACCAAGGGGCUGACUUGACUGGAGCCUAGAAUGAGUUUAGCAUCAUUAUAUAAGCAGAGAGGAGAAAAAAAAUCCAAAGGGAAUAUCCUGCAAUCAGUGGACCUUGAAUCUCCUUGAUUCUCCAUGCUGAAGUAAAGAACACUUUUCUAAUCACUCCCCACAGUAUGUCAGAAUUAUAUUGAAGCACAAAAUUGAAAGGAUGAGGCUGAAAAUAUUCUAUAUGGUUGUUAUUGUAAGGAAAUCCUAAAACCAACAGUGAGUUAGUCCAUCUCUCUGUCUGUGGCUCCCAUUGGCUCGUAUUGAAGAUAUAAAUCAUUAAAAACAGAACACAAAUGCAUAGUUUUAUCCAAAGACAGGGAUGUGUAUUCGUAACAAACUAUUUUAAGCAGCAGAUUAAUACAGAUUUGGUGCUCUAGUGAGUAUUUCUGGCUGCAGGAAGGUGUAUGUGGGAUUGACACAAAAUAAACUACAGUGUGUGUCAUGGUAAUGAAGGGCACGUCAACCAGUGCAACUGUGGCCCAUUUAUAGGUUUUAAAUUUAAUUCAUUGUUGGUAUUAGUGUUUUCAUUUAUUUGCUGACAAUAAGAAAAAUAUAGAACCCAACAGGAGUCAAACACAAGGUUAAGUUUUCUCUUCCUGGUGUUAACAGCUCAGCAGAUUAAGCAACAUAGACCAAUAUCAGUUUUUUAAUGGAUAUAAUUAAUAAGUAGAGGAAGUAACUGAUGAUUAAGCAAGAAGUUCCUCUGAAUCUAAAUUUCAGCCUCAUUCCAGUGAGAAACCAGUGUCUUAGGACUCAAAUAUAUGUCACUCGCUGUGGUGUUAAAGUGAGCCAUUUUACUGACAAUUCAGAAUGUAUUGAAGGUCUUACAGUGGACCUUAAUGAGCCACCUAGGGGACUUUAGCAAAUUGGACCAAAAGUUGGAUUUAAGUCUGUAUCUUUGAUUGGUACCUUAACGUCCUCAGCUACCUGCAGCCCAGAGCUUCAAUGUACUUACUUACUUUACUCAAGUGCACAGUAAAAAGUAUUUUCAUAUAAUAGCAGCUGCAACUGCAGAAAACAACAGUAUGAUACAACAUUAAGAAUCUAGCUUGGGUUAACAUCACAGUACCAGUAUGGAGUGAGUAAGAUCGUCUCUGGAAUGGGGGGGUUGAAACACCCCUAUCCUGCCUGCUGACGCUAACCCUGGGCUAAACGUGCAGUGUGAAAAGCAUGAGAUAUGUUUUAGGAAGCACAAGGUGUUGUCUGCUGUAUAUGAGAUGCUUGGGAGUCUCCCUAUCAUUGCAUAAUGGACCUUGGUAGCAGAUAAAUCAGGAUUACAAGUACUGUAGAUAUGAAUAGAAGAGUGUUUUUGUUCUUUUUUUGAAAGAUUAUUAUACAUGUAUGUAUGCACUCUUAAAGGUUAAGUCUCUGUAACACAUAAUAUGUUUCUACAAACUUUCAGAUUCAAUAAAAAUCAAAAUAAAGCUCAAUUUUCCUCUGA